UCUGUAAACACACACAAAUACGAAGAUACAGACGAGGAAGGUGCAGGCGCGGUGCAUUGUGGGAGCAGUCGCAAGUGGAUAAGGAUGUAGCCUUGCAGGCAACGCUAAGAAAUUAUUGAAGUGUCCAUGGCGUCCAAAGCGCCUUUCACUGAUUCUGACACCGCUGAUGAAGCUGUCAGAGCGACAUGUGACGAUGCGUCGAUAUGCAAAAGGUUUGCAACCAGUAAAGGAUACUGGAAUGACCCUUACAUCCAGUAUUUUGUGCGUCAGACAGGUGAACGCAAGGCACCUGAGAUUAACAGAGGCUAUUAUGCCCGUGUCCACGGAGUGAAUCACCUGCUUGAUGCGUUUCUUAAAAAGACUCAGUGUGACUGCCAGGUGGUGAAUCUCGGAGCUGGACUGGACACCACUUUCUGGAGACUGAAGGCUGAGAACACUUUGCCGAAAAAGUACUUUGAAGUUGACUUCCCUAUGAUUGUUGCCAGGAAGAUACAUCAUAUCAAGACAAAACCUCCUUUGUCAAAGCCCUUGAUUGAGACCCAUUCAGCUGAUUCACUCCUAUUAGAUGGCCACAACCUGGACUCGGACAGAUACUGUAUUAUUGGUGCUGAUCUCCGAGAUCUUCCAGGCAUGGAGGAAAAACUCAGAAAAUUCCACAUUAAUACAGAAUUGCCAACACUCUUUGUUUCUGAAUGCGUGCUUGUGUACAUGACCCCAGAGCAAUCCUCCAAACUGGUGCACUGGGCAGCACACACCUUCCACACGGCCAUGUUCAUCAACUAUGAACAGGUGAACAUGGCUGACCGCUUUGGGCAGGUCAUGAUUGAGAAUCUGCAGAGACGACAGUGUAAUCUGGCUGGAGUGGAUGUGUGCCAGUCUUUGGAUUCUCAGAAGGAACGUUUCCUCUCUACAGGAUGGGAGAGUGUGAACGCACUGGACAUGAUGGCGGUCUAUAGCCUGCUUCCUCAGGAAGACAUAAGCAGGAUUGAAAGGCUGGAGUUUUUAGACGAGAAAGAGCUACUCCAGCAGCUUCUUCAGCAUUACAGUAUCUGCUGGGCAGUGAAGGACACACUCAAUCUAGGCAUUUCACAGAUUGGGUUUUGAAUUCAACUCUGACCUGGCUGGGAGGACUAGAAGUCUUUGUGUCAACAUGAAUUGGAGGAAGUCAUUUCAACUUAUUUUUCCUUCGUGACGUCAAUAAAAAAAAAGAUGAGUCCACUAAA